AUGUCCGCAUUUAUUACGUGGCAGUUUUUGUUGAGCGUGCUCCUACUCGCUGUCAAUUGCCCGAUUACGACUUUGGCGGUCUGUAAUGUGUGUUCUACCACCAAUAACCUGGCGUGUGUCUCCAAUACUCAGUUCAAACAGUGCGACCUGCAAGGCAUACCAAGUGGAGAGGCGACAAGUUGUCUGACAGGCUUUGUUUGUUCCACAGCAACCGCAGCCAUUUGUCAGCCCAGUGAUGGUAUAGGUAUCGUGCCUGCCUGUUCCGAAUGUAACACCUGCGAUGCUACAAAUACGUUUGCCUGCACUGGCGUUCGCACCUACGCCUUGUGUCGGGGCACAACAACAGUUAGUGAUUCGGGUGGCUCAUGCAAGGAAUACGAGGUUUGCAAUCGUGGAAAUGCGGCCAUCUGCGCCAAUGCCAGUGCGACGAAUCAACCUUCUUGCCCCACUGUGGUGGAACCAACUACUCCAGUAACAAACUCGGUUGAAUACUGCAAAUCGGUUCAACAAAGAGGUCGCUUUCCGGUUGGCGAUGAUCUUACAACCACCUGUAGACAAUACGUCGAAUGCUCUUCAAUUAACAGCGUCUGGAGUGGAAUGAUUUACUGGUGUCCUGGUCGCACAUAUUUUAAUGAAACCUCACGACUCUGUACACCCAGUGUACCAACACGUUGCAUCGGCACCGUUCGGACGUUAUCGCUAAGGAGUCUUGUUUGA